AAUGGGCUCAUUGGAAAAUAAUCCGAACUAUGCAGGAAAUAAAGGCGAAAGGUCAAGAAUACCCCUCGAUAUGUUUUGUUAUUGACGCGUAUAAAAUAGAAAUAAAAAUCCAAAUCUUCACACUACUUGCAAAGCAGACAAACGAUUUGGGAGCGCCAAAAAACAGUUAGAGAAAGCGAUAGAGAAAAUGUCGAACGUCGAGGAAGGCAGGAGCUCCGUCACCGGUCCAUCGCCUUACAUUCAUCUGAGAGUUAAGGGACAGAAUGGAAAUGAAGAGUAUUUCAAGAUGAAGAGAGGCUCGCAAUUGAGGAAGCUAAUGACUGCUUAUUGUGAACGACAAUCAUUACAGUUUGAUGCUACUGUAUUUUUGUUUGAUGGCCGUCUCCUACGACCAGAGCAGACUCCUGACGAGCUGAAAAUGGAGGAUGGCGAUGAGAUUGAUGCUAUGUUGCAUCAAACUGGAGGUGUCGUUGGUGCUUCGUGAAGGAUGAAGAGAAAUGUAAGGCCUUGUGGUGUUUCAAUACUAAUCUGCCUGUCUGAUUCUUCUAAGUGAAGGGGUUGUAGAUAUCUCGAUUACUGGUCUAUUGGUGUCGAAUAUCCAUUUAUGGACUUUGUCAUUGAACUUGGUAUAUCACCGUAUUCUUUCCUCGGGACAAAUUAAGGAAACUCAGUAAAAUCGGAAUCUAUAGUCUAAGAUGGAUAUGGAGACAUUUUUGUUCAUCAAUAGAUGAAAAUAUAUUAGUGUUUGUAGAGUUCUAGGUCGUUAGCUUUGUGUUCUUGGUGAAUGGAGGCUAAAGGCCAUUCUGGAAUUACUAUCCUCUUAACUGCAUUUCAAAGAUGACACUUUUCUU